AUGGUGAAACAGAGUAAUUCAACCAAUUCUUUCUUCCCCUCGCGUAAAAUGCACAGGCAGGGACGCAAGAGAAAGGUUGGAACAGUUACACCACCAGAUGGACUAAUAGCUAGUGCUUGUAGAACUCCGAGUCCAAAGCGGCAUAAAGAUCAUGGUACCACGAAUGAAGAUUUUCACGCGUACAACGGUGGGUAUGAUACAGUCUUGUCGGCUCGGAGAACUAGCGCAAAACAUGCACGUGCCCGAGCAACUGAGAAUAACUUAACAAGCUCAAUUUCUUUGCCAGACAUUCCUUGGUUUGUCUGUAGAGUCAUUCCAAACUGAAAAAAAUUGACUAGUUUACGCCCGGGCGUACACAUUUCUGGGUUAUCUGGGCAAUAGUUUAUGGCGGGAAAUGCGAAGUUUGUGAGGGAAUUAAAGCUUAACCCAUUUGAUGAACUUUGCCGGCAUAAUUUUGAGGUUAGUACAGAGCUACAAAUAUUCUUUCUUUCUUGAACAUACAUAUAUCCGGCUUAGUCACUAGUUUGGUCAGCUAAAACAAACAUGUUGUUGGUCAACGUCAGUCAAGGAAGCACUAUUAUCCCAAAAGAAAAUGGGGCAUUUGCACGAUGACAUCUCUGUACUACUACGAGCAGAAUCCUACAAGGGUUUGCUUUCUUGUGCAAAUUAGGGCUUUUGUUAUGCAUCAGUCAAUUCCAGCUGCACCCAACCCCCCAUCCCCUCCAAUUUGCCCGCCUUGUCAGUCCCGGGGUGGGGAAUUUGCAAAUUUUGCGCUGCCCGGGGGCCAGGCAUUUGCCAACCUCAGGGCCAAACCCAAGCUUUUGACACGCACGCAGUUUCCUAUCAGAAUAUAACUACACAGAGGAUUUUACUGGGAAAACAUGCAGAUUGGCUCAUCUGUCGUGGAUAGGAAAAAAUUGAAGAGGUUUGUAAAGGCAUGUUCUCAAUGUUAUGCGUGCAUUUCUUCAUUGCUUAAUAAGUCAGAAUUACAUAGCAAAAUCAGGAGCUAUCAGUGUGAAUCAAUGUUUUUUUGGUUAUUGAAUCAAAUUUCUGUGAAUUUUAUUUGUAGAACAUCCUUUCAUAAUUAGAAAACUAUUCAUAACAGUUAACUUUACAGUGCACUAUUAAUUUUAAUGUCAAUAAUUUGAUAACAAUACUAAAACCAUAAACUGGUGUAGCCUCAGUGUGAAGUCUUAAUAAGAAUAGCACUAUUGCAAAGGAAGAUGUUAAUUGAAACAAAAAAAUCACGCAUUAAAAUGCUUAAAAUGGCACUACUUGACUGUGCGAUCAAUGAAAAAUGUUGCAGUGUUGACAGAGGAUGGGGCAUUUGCCCUCUUUUUUUGUCCCCUUCCCGGGGAUGCAUUAUUUAAACCUGUUAGGAUUACCAAAAAAGAAAAAUGAAUUGACCAGUACAGAAAAUGCCAUAACAUACCAUAAUACUUGAAUAAGCAUAAGCAUUGUUUUCAGUUUCUUUUGGGGCCGUUUUAACUCCCAAGAGAAACUGAAGACAAUGCUUAGGCAAAUUUUGUAGUGACCAACAAAGAGUAUUAUGGUAUGUUAUGGUAUUUUCUGUAGUGGUCAAUUGUAUUUUGCUCGUACAUGUAAUAGUAAAAUGAUGCCAUUAGGCAAAUGAUAUAUUUCACAUGGUGUGGUAUUGGUCAUGCAAAUAGUUAUAAAUGUAGGUUACGAGCACUUCUACUCAUAAAGCGAAGUCAAAGUAUGUUUAGCUGGUGAAAAUAGAAAGAACCUCACAAGAAUAAUUAUUCCUUUUUUUAUAUCAGCACUUGUUCUAUAAUCUGUUGCACCAAAGUAACAAUGCAGUUAUAAUUAUACAUAAAGUCUCCUCAAUGAGAUUCAAAUUCACCAGUAAGAACCAUUUUAAAAAUCUGAAUUUUGAUAAUUUGUUGCUGUUUGAAACAUUCAAUGAAGAUAAAUAUGUCAUUGUGUCAAGCUCCAUUCAAUCUUUUAUCAUUAAUUAACAGUUUGUUUUUUUGUUUUGAAGGUCAAGCAGUCUCGGGGGAUAAUUCUUACAAGGUACAAGUCAAUUGUUGGCUUAAUCACACUAGAGCAGAGUACAGUUAAGCAGGCAGAAAUAUUUAACAUACUGGUGUUGGCUUGUUGAGUCAGAGUUUACUAAACUCUACAGAAAAUGCUUUUUGUACGAAACAAAUGGGCGCUCGUCAGUCGUGGAUGUCCAAAGGUCGUUCUGCAACAUAUUGCUUGUAACAUAGUCCAUCACUUUGAGUGUGACGAGCAGCACGGAUUUAGAUUUGUAGUGCUUCUCAAAAUAGUUUUAAAAUUUUUCCUUUCAGGUGGAAUGGUUUAUUAGAUACAGUUUUUAGGAGAAACUGUUAAUACUUAAAAUUAUUUCUGACAGACAUAGAACAUGAUUGGCGAUGCGGGGUAAUUUUUGUAUAAGGGACCGAUCGUUUAUUACGUCCCAGGGGGGCGGGGGCUUUGGAGGGGGGGGUACAAUUUUCCGAGAGACUUGAUUUUAGGGUGUCAAGUUUGAAAAUGCACAAAUACACAAUCUUUUUGGGUUUAAAAGUGACACAGCAGUCUUGACUUUUACUUUUCGCUUUCUUUUCUCCUCUCCUCUUUUUUCACUUUUCUUGCCUCAUUUUUUUUCUCUUGCUGGGCAUUUAGUAGGCUUCAUUUUGGUGGGAAGAAUUUUUAGGAAAGCUUUUAGGAUCUUAGGAUUAGGUGAAAGGAAAGGUAGGUGAGCAAUAGAACCAGAUUUUCAUGGAGAUUUUCAGGUCAAUGUCACAUGGUUUUUUACUUCUUUUUCUGGUGUCCGUGACUGAAUUGUGCUCAUUCUGGUAUGGUUUGAAAGAUCUCUUCACUCUGCACAAGUUAGCGAACAAAGUUGUCCUUGACCGUUAAAACUGAUGACGUAACAAGGGGUAGAAAGGACGUGGAUCUGCACGGGCGGUUAUAGGCGGUUCAGGGGCAAAUGGCUUAAGACACAGGACUGGCCUUCUGUGUAAUAGUUGUCAAACUAUAUUAUGAUUGAAGAAAAUCAAAAGAAGACAAAAAGAUUUGUUUUGGCAGGUCUUUGUCAGCAACAAAAUGUUAACCGUGUAAAGCUUGGCCCAGGAACCUAUUAGCUAUUUCUACUACCAGGAAUGUAGCAUGCAUGUCCACACAUAUGUGUAUGCCUAUGUAUACAGCUGAAAUAUGGAAAAAAUAUUUAAAUCUUUUUUAAUUCCUGAAAGCAUUUUUAGUCUCCCUUGGGUAAGCAGCAAGACUCAUAAUCUGCAACACGUUUUUGGUUGUAUUUUGUACACAAAUAGGGGGUCAUUGUGCCAGACGUUCCUAGCGGAGACCGUGAAAACUGGGACUAAGAAUCGUUGGGUGAUUGAAGCCACUCGCGUUUAUUAAAGAUUAAAUUUAGAGCUUUUCCAAAAUGUGUUGCUCCAUGAAUUCUAUCACUUCAAAGUGUUGAUUUUUUUGGAACAAGUGAACACUACUGAGUAGUUGAAAAAAAAAAUAAGAAUCUUAAUUAGCAAAACUGCCAUUGUCGGGUGUUGUAAACUUUCAUUGUAUGCAAAUGGGUCUUGUGAUGAGAAUGCGGUUUAUUUUCGGUGAUGAUUGAAAUGACAUCUUAUGGGAAUCACUUUUCUGGACACUGGCAAUGAUGUUUACUAAUUUCUCUGCAAUCGAGGCCCUUGAAUUUUCGUGUAUUUAUACACUCGCAUAGCCUUCGACAGCAGAUGUAUUUCUGGUCGUUGCUAACACACGUACUAAAUCAGUUCAGAAACAAGUAAAAGUAUCCACGUCGAUAAAGUAGGAAGUAAAAAACCUUUAGCAAGUAAAUCCUGUUUCAUGUAGAAUUAAUCGUCUUCUCAUUUCUCGAUGGAAUCUCCAAGCAAGUGAGACUGAAUGCCGCUGUAAGCGCGUUAUUGUUAUCGUUAAAACGGGUUGAAUAUUUUGCAUUUUAUUGGUGUUUUCAUGUUAGGAUUUCCAGCCACAGACCUUGGUUGAAACUUUUGACCGAGCCAACCCCAAUUCUAUCCCAGAGUAUAUGUAGCUCUCCAUGUAACUUUGUUGACUUACCCUGUGUCAACAUGCACAGCUGAGCGUAGCUUCAGCGGUAUGAAGAGACUACAAACUUUCUUACGAAGGACCAUAACAGACGAAAGAUUGAGCUCUCUUGCAAUUCUGCACAUACAUGUACACAAGCACAAGGAUGUAAUUGAUAUUGAUGGCAUUAUAACAGAGUUUACAUGUCUGAAGGGUACACAUCUCGCCCUUUGCUUGUAACGUCCUUGGUGGCAUCCCUGUUGCACCCUUUUUUGUCGUAAACACUGUACCUUAACCAAUAACCCUAGAGAUGGGGUAAAAUAAACAACUAAUCACUGCAUUUUCCUUCGUCUUUAUUUACUGAAAAUGUUCUGCAGAAAAUGCAGGAGAUGGCAUUUUGGAGACCCUAAAUUGAAAAAUUUUGUGGGGGAGCAUGCCCCCACACCCCCCCAGGUUUGGCGUGACCUUCAAAUUCUCUCGCUACACUGCUGACUACUGGUAUCUUGUUUCUUAACAACUCAAUGUCUAAGAAUAGAAGAAGAGACUUGGUCUAGAAGGGGUUGGGGGGGUGCAUUUGAAAAAUAAUUUGUUAUUGCCAAGGAGGUGCAAAUUUCAUAUGUAAUUAUUUGGAAGCGGGGGGUGAAGUUUUGAUUCACCACACUUCGGAAAAAGGGAUGUAAUAAACAAUCGGUCCCUAAAAUGGAAGUCGCUGUAUCCUGGUAUGCAAAUUUAAUAUUUUUACAGUUUUUGGCUGUUGUGUCUGCUUGGCUAAAACAUUACUUAUGAUUGUUUUAUUCCCUGUCCAUAAAAUAAUGAGAUAUAUAAUUAUUAUCGUUUUUAUUGUUGUUUUAGAGACAAGGCAGUCCCACGUUGUCUUGGCAUUUUAUGUAUCAAAAACUAAAUUCGCAUGCAUGCAUAGGCUAAAUUUAGCGGCAAAAAGAAAAACACAGAAAGAAGAGCUGGUUCACGCUUCAACCGAAUCCACGAAAAGCUCAAUUAUCCUAAAAGAUUCACUGAUAACAUAGAAUAGAAAUUAAAGAUGACUUAUUUUUAACUAAAUUAAUAGGUGUGAGGCUGCGGCAGUUUCACCGUUUCACAGAAGUUUUCACGGGAACUUGAGUCCAAUCUGCCGCGUGAACUCCUUCUCCGUCCCUGAAAUUUCCUUUAGAGCACUUGCAGCCUUGAUAAUGUGCACAUGCAGUGGUUCCAAGAUUCUAAUGAAUAGACAGAUAAACAUCCAUGUCUUAGUUAGAUUUCAAGCUUAAGCCCCAUGGUGAUUUCUUUGCUGAAAAGCACAUUUUUGAGCCAUUCUAUAGAAAAUGAAUUUAGAAGAAGACGUCGCUUUUUGUUUUAGUUUUUUUGGUGCCACUGCUAAGUUGUCAUAAAAAACAAAGUACAGAAGCAUUUCUUUUAGGUUUAAAAUGCUUUGAGUUAAAAGUAAUGAAAAAAUUCAAUAAGAAACUACAAGAAAACUCUUUUCCAGCACAAAGACCUCAAGGUUUUACCAGCCUUUUGUGGUGGGCAAUCACAUCUAUGAUAUACGCAUAAUGAUUUACCGUGAUGCAAAAGAUGAUUGAGAGCUUGCACUUCAAGUAAUAAUUUAUACUUUGUCAACAGGUAAAGUGUGAAGCUGUUUUCUACAGAGUGACGUAACAUUUUUAAUUUCACUUGAAUCAAGUGUUAACUUGAAUCUUGCUUAGCUCCUAGUGUGAAGCCAACAAAUGAUAUCAUUUUACUAACUUAAAUAAUAGGGAUAAUCAUUGAGCUUAGUUAAAUCCACAGGAAAAAAUAACAGAUUCCCAUUUUUGGAUAUUUUAGGGUAUUUAAAGAAUACCCAUAAAAAUCCCAAAUUUGGCGAAGUGAGACAAGUCCCAACCAAGGAAUUCCCAACCAAGUUCCCUGAUUGGGACUUGUCUCGCUUUUCCAAAUUUGGGAUUUUUGUGGGUAUUCUUUAAAUACCCUAAAAUAUCUAAAAAUGGAAAUCUGUUAUUUUUUCCUGUGAUCCCAGUAAAAGGAAAAAACUGGAUAAGGGGAAUAAAAAAAGGGAAAUUAAGAGAGAAGAGAAAACAAGAAUAAGUCAAGUCUUCCAUCUCUUUUUAAUGUCUCCUUAUCCCACAGGUUUUUAAUGACAGCAUUCAUGGUCACAUAGAAGUCCACCCAUUAUGUGUUAAGAUCAUAGAUACUCCACAGUUUCAGAGACUCAGGAAUAUCAAACAACUGGGUGAGCUUCAGCGACAACUAACUGGUACACAUAGAAUGAAAACAAACUUACUGUUCUUUUUUAACACACUGUUUUGUGUAGCCUGCAAACGGCAGACGUUUCUCCUCGCUCAUCACCUCUGAGGGACUAUGGUCGUCCGAACGUUUCAAAAUUCGCUAAACUUAAUUUCGUUGUCGCUAAAUUUAAAUUUGUUGUCGCUAAACUUAAAUUCGUUGUCGCUAACUUGAAGUCGUUGUCGCUAACAUUAAAUUUUUCGUUGUCGCUAACAUGAAGUCGUUGUCGCUAACUAUCAAAGCGCUAAACUUAAUUCGUUGUCGCUAACUAUGAAGUCGUUGUCGCUAAAAUUAAGUGAACUCGGUAUCGCUAACUAUACCAAGGCGCUAAAAUUUACUAAGGGAGUGGAGAGAAGGGAUUUGAAGGUUCCCGUAUGAAACCGAGGAGGCCUAGGAACAAGUCAAUUUUUCCUUUUUUGGGCUUCCUAUGUUUGGGAGCAAACAUGGCGGCCUGGGCACUACUUCGGGCAAGAUUGGGCAGGGCAUGAUAGUUCUUCCGAUGUGUUUUUUCCAAAAUGGUAGCCUGCGUGGCAGGCGUUUGAAAGGGAAGGGAAAGGGAGUUUUGGGAAAAAGAGUUUUAACCGCGAGAGAAACGCGAGGGGGGCACGAGGAAUUUUAGUUAGGGUGUAGAAUAUGGGAAUUCUAGGUGGGCUCGGUGUUUGUGACAGCUAUUUUUUUGUCAUGUCAUCAACGUUUUUAUUUUCAUGUAGUUCUUGUAUUAGUUGUUUCACUUUAUAUUGAGUUUCCUUAACCAUCGGUUCAUCUAAAGGUCUAUAGUGUUUCGAGUUGUCAAGUAGAGUUUGACCUUCGUUUAUUUUGUUUUCUGUGUCCAUAAUAACGACACAGGAACCUUUGUCUGCUUUUUUCACAUUAAGAUCUUUGUUUCUUUUUAAAGAUUGUAGUGCUUCUCGUUCUUUUGAUGACAGAUUGUUUUUUGGCUGUGACAGUUUAAUUUCUGCCAGUUGUAAUUUAACCUCUUCAAGAUAACUUUCGAGCGUAACCGAGGGUUGAACUUGUGGUAUCCAGUUUGAUUUUACGUGAUAAGGAUGUGGUUUGUUAUUUUGCCCAUGAAAGAUAUAUUUCAGGUGCAUUCUUCUCGCAAAUUGCUCAAACUCCUGAAGAAGUUGACGCCUGAUAUGUUGUUCUUUUGUUGAUGGUGUGGGUAUGAAUUUUUUUUACAGUACGUCAAUUCUCGACAUAAGAACGCAUUUUAAACCUACUGAAACUUUCCAUUAUACACAUUUCACGAAGGGCUUUAUAAAAGGCGAAGCCCUCCAGUUACUCAGAACAAAUUCCUCAAAAGAAAACUUUCAAAACCGACUAGAAGAGACCUUAGAGAGAGAGGUUAUCCACGAAACUUAAUAACUCUAACUCUCUCUGAAAUACACUUUGAGAACAGGAAAGAAGCACUCCGACAAAAACCAUGAAGAGAAAAAACCAUUUUGCCCUUUGUCACGCAGUAUCAACCAUCAGUUCCCAGCCUUAAAAACAUUCUUAUGAAAGACUGGCAACUGAUAGAGAAACAACCUCUUCUUAGACAGAUCUAUAAAGAACCUCCAAUUAUAUCAUACAAACGAGGAAGGUCUCUGAAAGAUAUACUCGUAAAAGCUAAACUCUGACAUUUAAAGGCUAAAACAGGUGGGUGGAAAGCGUGAGUCAGGCUUGUCAACCCCUAUGAUAUUUCAAUAUCAUUUAGUAAUGAUUCGAUCAAACCGAUGAAUACAUUUGUGGCCGCCAUGUUUGCUUCCAAACAUAGGAAGCCCAAAAACGAAAAAUUGACUUGUUCCUAGGCCUCCUCAGUUUCAUACGGGAACCUUCAAAUCCCUUCUCUCCACUCCCUUAGUGAAUUUUAGCGCCUUGGUAUAGUUAGUGAUACCAAGUUCACUUAAUUUUAGCGACAACGACUUCAUAGUUAGCGACAACGAAUUAAGUUUAGCGCCUUGAUAGUUAGCGACAACGAGUUUAAUUUUAGCGACAACGACUUCAAGAAUAAAAUUUAGCGACAACGAAAUAAAAUUUAGCGACAACGAAUUCAAGAUAGUGACAACGAAUUUAAGUUUAGCGACAACGAAUUUAAAUUUAGCGACAACGAAUUCAAGAUAGCGACAACGAAUUUAAGUUUAGCAAAUUUUGAAAUGUUCGGACGACCAUAAGGGACGUUUCGCGAGGAGGAACGUCUGCGACUCAGCAACAGAAAUUCCAUACUGAUGACGCAAAAUCUGUACGGAAUCUGGUCAGAAGUGCUAAUUGGUCGAUCGAGUAGUCUCGUUGUUUUAGCUAUUGUUUACGAAUAACAGACAAAAGACAAAAGGUCACAAAGGUCAAAUGUAAAUUCGAAUCUGUAACAAAACAGCCAAUAUUUGUGGAAUAUAAUCUUCUCUAGCAGAAGCAUUUGAGUUUUGCUGGAGCUCAUUCGCAGAUGAACACUACACUUUACAAAAUCUAAUCUGGAGAAACCGUAAAAAUUGAACAAAUUUCCAUUUGAAAUCCCAUGACUACCGGAUUUAUUAUGUAAACAUUGAUUUAUGUCAUCAGAAUGGAAUUUCUGUUGCUGAGUCGCAGACGUUCCUCCUCGCAAAACGUCCCUCAGCGGUGAUGAGCGAGGAGAAAUGUCUGCCAUUCGCAGGCUAUGUUUUGUGCAGCUGACAUUUGGUUAACUUCAUAUGGUAACUACAGCUUUUGGGCACAUCAACUAUACAUUAGAACAUUUGAGCAUGUAUUCUUCUCUGUUCUAAUAAUUAUUAAUUGUAGUGGAACUCAAAUAUUCUUCUACAGUUUGUUCUUUUUGUACUAAAAUAAAUUCACCUUUGAUGACUUUUUUAAGUUUUCCAACUUUUUGCAGGAAAAGACCCUUUACCACUGUUUCCUUGGCUUCGAAUAUUUUACAUUGUAAUCAUUAUAAAUAAUCUUUUCAUGUUUUAAAAUCCAGUAUACAUCUUUAGUAAAUGUGUCUACAAAUGCAAAAAAACUUUUUCUUUCAUUUUAUUAUGAAGGUGCUUGUUACUAUGUGUUUCCUGGAGCAUCUCAUAACAGAUUUGAGCACUGCAUUGGGUAAGAUAUGACUCUUGUGACAAUCAUGCUUUUUGCUAUUUCUCUUCCAGUAGUUGAACACAGUGUGAGGCACUGUAAAAAUAAAUAAGAAAAUGUAUUUAUUUUGCCCCUUAACCCAUUCGCUCCUGGAGAUUUUGCCGAAAAACGCGUUUUGAAGCUAGUUGAGUGGUUUUGUGGUCACUGUCGUGCUAUAAAGAGCUAAAACUUACCACAAACCAGUUUACAGGUAGUACACUUCACGGCCUUCGGAUCCAGAAGCAAAAUAUCAGCUUGCGAAGUUCGGGCACGCGCAGAAAGCAAAAUUUCAAGAUAGUUUUUGGGGUUAACAGUGACACAGCAGUCUUGACUUUUACCUUUCGUUUUCUCUCCUAGCUCCCCUCUUUUUUCGCUUUUCUUGCCUCAUUUUUUUUUCUCUUGCUGGGCAUUUAGUAGGCUUCAUUUGGGAAGAGUUUUUGGGAAAUCUUUUGGGAUCUUAGGAUUAGGUGAAAGGAAAGUUGGGUGAGCAAUGGAACAAGAUUUUCAUGGAGAUUUUCAGGUCAAUGUUACAUGGUUUUUUGCCUCUUUCUCCGGUGUCCUUGACUGAAUUGUGCUCAUUCUGGUAUGGUGUGAAAGAUCUCUUCACUCUGCACAAGUUAGCGGACAAAGUUGUCCUUGACCGUUAAAACUGAUCAUGUCACAAAGGGUAGAAAGGACGUGGAUCCGCACGGGCAGUUACAGGCCGUUCAGGGGCGAAUGGGUUAAUCAAAAAACCUAAAAAUGGCUUUUUACCAACUUUUUCACCUGGUUUGACAUGAAAUAGACAGAUUUGGUUGUUUUAUCCUGAGAAGUGGAUUUUUUUCAAAAAGUUUGGUAAAAUGUUUAACCCAUUCGCUCCUGGAGAUUUUGCCGAAAACGCGUUUUGAAGCUAGUCGAGUGGUUUUCUGGUCACUGUCGUGCUAUAAAGAGCUAAAACUUACCACAAACCGGUUUACAGGUCGUACACUUCACGGCCUUCUGAUCCAGAUGCAAACUAUCAGCUUGCGAAGUUCGGGCAUGCGCAGAAAGCAAAAGGGUAGAAAGGACGUGGAUCGGCACGGGCGGUUACAGGCCGUUCAGGAGCGAAUGGGUUAAAAUACUUAACAAACAUUACAGAGGGUGAAAAAUACAAAUCAUAAAAAUUGAACAGAUUAUAAUACAAUUAUCACAUAAAACCUGAUAAAAACAUUGGAUAUCUAUCUUGUUUAAUUGCUAAGUUGUAUUUAAACCUUAUUCUAUUAAAGUAACAAGUCUUAAAACGUUCUGUAUUAAUCCGUGGUAAUCUCGGAUGUCUCUUUGACUUUCGGCAAAAGGGUGUAUUAUGGAUGGUUUUUGUCAUGGGCGUCUUUUCAUAAUCUUUAAUCCAAAUAAAUGCAUUCAAUAUUCAUUGCUAUAUUAACAAUUUUACAUUCAACAGCCAUGUUCAUAUAACAAAAAGUUUCCAGUCCUUCCAGUUCAAUGUGACCUUUCAGUUUGUUUGCCUGUGGAAAAUAUCUAAAAGAAAUGAUUGCCUGAAAAUGUAGUCCUCAAGGUUGCCAAAGUGACUUUAUAAGGCACAUGAGGGAUGUCACUAAAAUUUUAAGUUGUCAGGUAAAUACAACAAGAAGGUGGAGAAUCAAACAGCUAGGGAGUUCUUUUGGUUUUAUUUUUUUUUCUAUUUUCCCUGAAUGGCUACUUCUUUCAUGUGUUUGUUCAAGUGUGAAAUAUGCAAGUUUUGUACAAAAUCUUGUUAAAAUCACUUUAUGUUUUCAGGGUUUCUCGAUAUAGAAAGUGAAAUUUCAGUUCAAAAAGAUUUUGAUCAUGUGCUAGCAAUGGGUUCUUGGCAGAUUAAUUAAUUAUUAUUAUUAUUAGUGUAGCAGUUGUUGAACAUGUACAAAGCAAACUUAUUCAUUAUUGACACAGGGCUUCCGAUAUUUCGCGGAAAAAAAGCAAGAUUUCGCGGGAAUUUCAGGGGCAAAUUCGCGGGAAAAUCGGCCGAUUUCGCGGGAAAAAAGUCAAAAUUCGCUCAAAAAUUGGCCGAUUUUACGGGACAUUUUGGGGGGAAACUUCGCCAAGAAACAGUCAGAUAAAAACAGCCAAUUUCGUUGGAUUUUUGUGGCAAAUUUUGCUAAAAUCGAUCAAUUUUGCAUCAAUAUGACCAGCAUUGUUUAACGUUUUUUUAACAGGGAUAAUCAUUUGCUCUUACAACAACAGUUGAGAAAUGAGCGAAUGCUUAAGCUGUUAACAUCAUGGUUAGUGCCCAGUUUUUCGCAACGUUCAUCUAAGAACGCCUGGUAGUUUUGAGACGUUGUUUACUCGUUUCAGUGACGAAGUUUCAAGAUAAAUUUGGACGUUUGGAGUGAAUAGAACAGGUCUAUAUAAUAGCCAAGAUAAGUAUUAAAUUUGUUUUGCCGACAUGUAUUUGGAAAUAUUUCUGGUGGAUUUCGCGGUAUUUCGUGUUUUUUUGGGAAUUUCGCGGGAUUUCGGGGAAAUACCUGAAUUUCGCGGGUCUGCGACCGCACGAAAUAUCAGAAGCCCUGUUGACAGCUGGGAAAAAAUUAAUAUGCCUUGAUAAAGAAAGCCUAGAAAUUCAGGCUAAAGCUGUGAUUUUAUUUUGAACCCUUAUGAAGGUUUACUCUCUUUUUCUAAAUAAUAAGUCAUGUUUACACUGUAUAAUAUACAUGUAGCUGCUUCUAUUAUGACAUUUUAGAACUUGCCACUUGGCUGGAAAACUUGUGAGGAGUCUACAAAAGCGGCAGCCAGAACUGGGAAUCACAGAUGAAGAUGUACUCUGCAUCAAAAUAGCUGGCCUAUGCCAUGAUCUAGGUACAAGUAUAAAAAUACAAGGCAGAUUAGUGACAAAAAAACAGCUUUUCAUUCAAGUUGACAGUUAUACCUGGAGUGACAUUAGCAAACUAGUUUUCUGGUUUGAAACUCAGGUAGAGUGCUGUAAGCAAUCAGAUUUGAAAAGAACCAAAAAGAAAACGGAUCUCAUAUUGGGAUGUUGGAAAGUAUGGGCAUGGGUUGUAUUUAAUGUGGUAAGGACAUGAGUGGAGAUGCAUGUAAAGAAAGUGGAAAUUGAAGAUGUCUAAAUUUUUUGCCUCAAAAACAAAAAAAGGGGAGGAGUUGAUGUUGUUUAAAAUGAACUGACCAAUGUUGAAACAGGCGAUUGACCUGGUUUGGGUAUGAAUCGACUUUAGAUUCAAUCUGACCCUGACGAUUUACAUCCUAGAUUUUCUUUCCUUUUUCUUUUUCAUUUGUUGUAGGGCAUGGACCCUUUUCCCACAUGUUUGAUUCUUUAUUCAUACCAUUUGCAAGGCCUGACACUAAUUGGAAGGUAAACAGUCUGCACUAAAAAGAAAGUUAUAUAUUACAGAACUAGCAAAUAAUAAUAAUAAUUAUUAUUAUUUAUUAUUUUUAUUAUUAUAGCUUUAUGAACCUGUCUUUUGUUCUAGUUUACAAGAAAGUAAUUGGAGACACCUACCUAGAAUAGUAAAAAAUGCAAACUAUUGUUGAUAUGACAGUCACUAUCAUACUCUACUAAAGUUUCUGUUCAGAAAAUAACUGAAAACCUUAAAAUCACAAAGGUUAUAAUAAAUUCUAGAAUUAAUGAGAAAAAAAUAGUCACAAAAUUUAUCUAAAAAACUGUUAGUGUCCUGUUGAUAGACUGUGCUUUCUUAGGCCAGCAUGUGAGCUGAGGCUACAGUGCACAUUUUUGUGGUGUGAACUGGCAUGCGAAGGGAACACACCACUUCUCCCGGCAAAAAUGUAGCCUCUACUUGCAGGGUAUUCUUAGGCAGGCUGGCUGUCAUUAAGUACCCAGAAAUCUUUUUUCCUUGCAUAAAUUGAGAGUUGUUUUGAUGGUGUGACAGCUGACCUUUCACUUGCGGGAAGCUUAGUUUUGGACAAUAAUAAUAAAAUUGUCAAAGUGUAAGACUCAAGUCAGGAAAGCUAGCCUAAUGGGUAUUAAUUUUCAUUGAAGAGUAUUGGAAAAAAUAGUUAUUGUUAGUUGAAGAAUAAUGAUAUUAAUUUACUUUUUUUAUUAAUUUGUUUGUUUAUUUGUUGAUGAAGAGACAAAUGAAAUACCAAAUUAUUUUGGACAACUUUAUGUUCAAUACAAUGUGGUUUUUGCUCUUCACACAGCAUGAGGAUGCCUCUGUCAACAUGUUUGAUCACAUGAUGAAAGUAAAUAACUUGUUUCCAAGUUUUAGAGAGUACAAUCUGUCAGAAAAGGAUCUCAUAUUUAUAAAGGAGCUUAUAGCUGGAACAGCCCUGGUGGACACAAGUAACUCCCAGGUAUCGUAAAGUUUAAAGCCUUAUAUGAUAAAAAACCUGCAAGUAUCAAAAUAUGCGAAAUUCGCAUUUUGGUAAAAACUGCACAAGUUUUUACAGGACAAGAGAUUCACUCCUACAUACAGUUUCAUCACCUAUGCAGUUGUAAUGAACAUUUACUGUUUGGUUGCCUCUAAACAUGUUAUAAUCUGAAGUAAGGACUUCCUUAUCACUCUAUUUAAUUAUGAAAUAUAAUAUGAUUAUUACUUUUCAGCCAAAUUUGCAGAAUUUUCCACAUUGUCUAUUUUUUGCACUGUUUACGCCUAUCAUUGUAAAAGCAAGAGAUGUUAGGCUGUAUUAUUAUUUCUCAUGUAAAUAUUUGUAUAUUUUUGUUUUUGUAGGAGUGGCCGUUUAAAGGACGGGAACCAGAGAAAAGAUAUUUGUAUGAGGUGGGUUGAAAGGUGACUAUGCAAUAUGUACAUGUAAGGUUGGUAACAGCUCUUUUCAUUAAGCAGACUCCUUGCACAGGUGCCCACAUUCAAACACUGCAUUAUUUGUUAACCUCCAUUGGCCUCAGGAAGGCACUUCUGUUAAAUGAACACCACUUACUCACGGUCCUAAGUUUGUUCACUUAUGAGCAGUUUGGCUGGAAAUUUUGAAGUACAAAUGUAAUCAUGAUGAAAAAAUGAUGGGAUGAAUGUUGUGAACUAGACUUUCGGUGAUAAUAAUAUUACUCUUGUCUCAUUAAUCCAUUCAGCCAUGGAUUUUUGCCAAAAAGGCCAUUUAAUGGAAUGAAAACUUGGCACUACUGUUUUUCAUAAUCUGUUUGAAAUAAGAAUCGGAAGCCCAUUCAACCAUAUCAACCCAUUGCAAAAUAUUUGUAAGCCGACGAUUCUCUGGUUUGUGUUAGCCAUUCAGAAUACUUAACAACCUGUUCAGCCAUUUUAUGAACGCAUUUGAAUGGGUGAGUAAGAGAUUGACCCUUUCAUGUGUUUGUGUGUUUGAUGGACCUGUGACCGAUGGUUAUGGAGCCUUUGUGAGGGUGGUUCUCUUUGUCUUUAAGAAAGCUUUCGACCUCAUUGAACACAGGAUAUUGGUCAGGAAGCUAAGCACAUAUGACAUCCAUGAUGCUGUAAUCUCUUGGAUCACCAGUUUCCUCUCCUUGUGCAAACAGCGAGUUAAGCUUGGCCGUGACUGCCUCUCAGAAUGGGCUGGGGUCCCGGCAGGGGUUCCUCAAGACACAAAAUUGGGGUAAUGCCUGUUUAUCAUUGUGAUUGAUGAGCUCAAUGUUCCUGCCACUGAUCUCUGGAAAUACAUCAACGAUACCACUAUCUCAGAGACGCUAAGCAAGAACCAAGACAGUCAAAUCCAAGCCGCUGUUGACACCCUGGUCAACCAUGCUACUGCGAACAGGUUUCAACUGAAAGAGUCAAAGUGCAAGGAACUGUGCAUAAACAUUUGCACUAAGACAAAUACCAUGUCAUUUGACUCCGUUGUGGUUAACAGCAUGCCUAUUGGUUACCAGUGGCAUUGCCUAUUGGUUACCAUGGCCAAAAUACUAGGCCUCAAUGUCUCAAGUGAUCUGAAAUGGAACUGUCACUUCGACUUCAUUAUCGAGAAAGCUAUAAAGAAAUACUUGCAUAGUUUAUCUCAGCUUAAAUGCUCUUGCUUGGUUAUGGCUGUACCCAUAGGCUAGUACAAAUUACUACUACAACUUUAUGUGCAAAAAGAAGCAGCUUUAAAAUUUUAUCCAACUUGAAGGAAAAUAUGCCUCCAGUGCAUGUAGCAUGCUAAUUGGCCAAACACUGGCCCAAAAGGAGAUUUUAUAUAAAUUAUAUAUUUUUUGGUACUAGCUUCCAGUCACCAAAGAUUUAAUACAACCACCCCGUUAAUAUGACCAGAUUUUCUUGGUCCAACUUUGGUCAUACAUGUAUUCAUCAGUUUCCAACUGUUAUUGAACGAAGAGGUGCUAACCUUGAAUGGUUAGCUGGUUGUAGAUGAAAUUGGAAUUUAUUGCCUUUCAGAUUGUGGCAAACAAAAGAACAGGAAUUGAUGUGGACAAAUUUGAUUAUUUUUCCCGUGACUGCCAUAACCUUGGCAUUAGCAACAGCUUUGAUCACAAGUAAGUAACAUUAAAUGUCUCUUCUGGUUAAACUAGAUAUCUUUUUCUUUUGCUGUAGAAUCUGAUUUAUUUAAAACUGAUUAACUUCUUAGACAUGCAUACUGUAUUGAUGUCAGUUCCUCAUAGUACUGUCAAAGCUUUUUGAAUCUGUUGAUUGGAUUGUGCACACAUAAACACAUAUAAAAACCUGAUAUAAAUAGUUAUUAAAAAUUGCCACAGAAACUUCACUUUUUUGAAAAUUUGGAAAAAAAGUAGGGGUUACUUUUUGGUGUUUUUUUCCAGUUGCCAUACUGGAACAAUGUUUCUCAAACAAUUAAGUUUUUUUACUGGACUAUUUUUGGCUCUUCUUAACUGAAGUUUACCAAUAAAUGACAAUGAAACACAUUGUGAUGUUAACAGAGACUUAAACAUUUGAUACCUUUUUAAAUCUGUAGACGCUAUCUCAAAUUUGCUAGAAUCAUUGAUGUCAAAGGCAAUUUGCAAAUUUGUGUCCGUGACAAAGAAGCUGGCAAUAUUUAUGACAUGUUUCACACAAGGAACAGUUUGUUUAGACGGGCCUAUCAACACAAAACUUCAAAUAUCAUUGAAAGAAUGUAAGUGAGAGUGAUUUGAUUGAUUUUGAAUAAUAAUUAUUAUAAUAAUUAAUAAACAUAAUAAUUAUUAUUCAUAAUUAUAAGAUUGAACAUGUUCAAUAGAAAUGUUCAGGCAGUAUAUGAAGAAAGUUUCUAUUCUGAAUUUGAACAAACAUAUCGAGAAAAAAACACUCUUCCUCGUGUUUGUACAGUCUCCUGCAGUCAGUCUUUUCCUUGUUUUAAGUUGUUUACUUGUGAUGGCAGAAGGUACUUUUUUUAUAGAUUACUGAAUAGUAGACUGAGCGCAGUCUCUUAUUUUUCUUUGCAAAGUUACUGCAAGAGAAACCCAAGCACGCAACCCGCCAUAAAGGAGGGCGUAAGCCCGAGAAGAAAAAAUAAAAAAUCGUCUUUUCUCGUCUGGUCCUUAUCCCUUAUUGUAACAUAACGUCGUGGUUUGCAAUCGCGCUAGCUUUGAACUAGACGGAUUUUAAGGGAAAAGGCGGACUGCAAGCAGUCUAUGAAGAGAAACUCGAUAAGAGCAUUGGCCUUUCUGGUUGUAGGAUCACUGAAGCUCUGCUGAAGGCUGAUAAGAAAAUCUGCUUUAAAGGAUCAAAUGGGUGAGUAUUCAAGGAGUACUUCGUAUAACCAAGAUUAAAGUUGAAUGAAUUGUCAGUCGAUCAUAAUUAUUUGUUAAAGCCGAUUGAUCGCCUUGCAUGUAGCUAUAAAAUUAGCGUUGCUUUAUCCUGUGUUAUGCGUUUCGACAGGAAAAUGCUUUCAAUCUCUGAAUCAAUUGAUGACAUGGAAGCAUACACAAUGCUGACAGAUCAAGUAUAUUAUCAAAUACUCUGUUCUAGUGACCCUGAACUGCAAGAGGUAAGUCAACAUAUAUGCGGCUUGUAGCACUCACUGAUAUAACUGCUGUAAUGUAUACUGAGUUCUCUCCGGUCUUGUGUUUUUUUAACUUCGAAGCACUUGAUUUUGUGUGCUUGCUUCAAUGAAAAAAGUAAGUUGGCCUGGAAAUUCUUUGUCAGGUGCCUAUUUCCAUACAUUGUAUAAUAAUAAACAUAAUAGCAUAAAGAGCCCAACUAAAAAAGCUGAAUUCCAGGCACUCAUCGAUUUGCACAAGCCUGACAUCGUCCUGGGGUGCGAAUCUAAACUGGAUUCCACAAUACCCACUUACUCGGUAUUUCCAAGUACGUACGAUAUAUUUAGGAAGGACUGAACCUUGCACGGCGGUGGAGUUUUUAUUGGCGUUCGUAAUGACAUCAUCGCUACCGAACAAGUUCACCUCGAUGUGCACAAUUGUGAAAUCAUAACUGUCUCUAUAAAAUUCGCAAAAUCCAAGACUCUUCUCCUCUCCAGUUAUUAUCGCCCACCAGCUUUUGAUACUAACGCGUUGGACUUAUUGGACGAUGUCUUGAGCAGGACUUAUAGCCCUAACGCCCCCCCCCGGUCAUCUUUACUGGUGACUUCAACUGUGGGGGCAUAGAUUGGUCGACUCGAAACCUUACGCCUCAUAUUGCUCAAGCCUGCGACCAAGCUCUCUUAGAUCUUUCAGACAAAUACGGUGUCUUCGCCGACGCGCCCCGCUUCCGCCCGUACAUUAGACCCCUUCUUCUCCUCCAAUCCUGGUAUCAGUCACUUGCGGCAUCUCUGCAAGAUUGAUAUUUCCCCGAAGUUCACGCCGAAACCCCCCCCGGAAAAUCUAUCAGUUUCACAAGGGCGAUUUUGUCGGUUUAAAGGCAAGCUUAACUACUCUUUCUUCCGAUUAUCUAUCUACCCACCCAGAGUGUAACACUGUGGACGAAACCUGGUCCUACAUUCCUCAAAAGAUCCUAGAAGCCACCGACAACUUCGUACCACAUAAAAUGUCUAAGGGAAAGCGUCACCUCCCCUGGGUCAGCUCCUCUGUGAAACGUCUAAUGAACAAACGUAAUCGAGCGUACAAGAAGGCUUGUCGUAGCGGCAAAGCCGUUCACCUUGCCAAAUACUACCGACUUCGCAAUAUCACAACCAUGCCUACGUAGCCCGUACAAGGGCGAGUCACUACUUUAUAAUCAGGCUACCAUCCUCUUCUGUCGACGCUUACAAACACUCUUUCUAUGUGGGAUCAAUCCCUGCAUGGAACGCGUUAUCAGUUGAUGUUGUUAAUUCGGCACCUUACCCAGAAUUUAUCCAAAGAGUGUCCACUACUUUAAUCACAUUGUUUCUUUUCAUACCAUGUAAUUCAAUACCAUGUAAAUGUUUCAUUGUAAUUUCAUACCAUGUAUUUGAGCGACCGCUGGCUGCUCCAUUGCCGGAUUAGCAUAAACGCUAUUGGCAAUUACCUUGAUUAAAGAUUAAAGUCCAUUGUAGAGAGGUGACCGUUUGUGGAGGUUCGCCUGUAAAUGGAUACCAGCGGCUAAACUGUUAAAAGUUUUUUUUUCUGAGGAGAAUUGCGUACAUUUAAUACACGACCCCACAAGCUCAUGCUUUGAAUUUCUAUCGUGUUAGAUUAUAGGAUUUGAUGAUAACAAAGAGAAAAAGUCUAAAAAAAAUCAACGGUUCAGCUCAGAGAACAGCAGGAACAUUCGUGCCAAAGUGUAAAACGCAGCUGCAGAAGUGUUUAUUUGCUAGUGAAUCGUGCAUGUUGUUUUGUGCUGUUUUUGCACUCGUUGCAUCCUUUUACGCUGCUACUUUCCAUUUAUAGAACAAGAUGAACGAACAUGAACGUUUUCUUUAGUCAUCAUGCCAACGUCUGCACUAACGGUCAUACUAACCUUUUUACAAAUAUAUUUUGAAGGCACGGUCCAUUUUGGUGCGAAUUCAGAGACGAGACUUGUACAAAUGUAUUGGUCAAGCCAUUCUCAAAAAGCGGCGGGAAAAGGUAUUGUAAGACUAAACCGACUCCAAGCUGGUCCUUGAUAGACAUCAGUAAAUGCAAUAAUGCAUGUGAUUGAUUUUUUUAGGAGGAGAUUCCUGAUAUAAAACAAGACAUGGCUGAAUGUAUCGAUGGUGGACCCCUUAUUGAGCCAGAUGACUUCAUUAUUGAAGUAAGAAAAAUAAUGUAAAACAUUGCUUGAGUUCUAUAGAUACUAUGGUUUUUCUAAAUAUCCUUGUUAGUAUUAUUAUGGAGGAGACAAAAAUUUGAGUUUGAAAAUUACUUUGUGUAAUAAUUCGGCAAGGAAAAUGUGUUUACUCUUUUAUUAUUUUCGUUAGCUUGUCACUUUUGAUUAUGGAAUGCGGGAUAGAAAUCCGAUUGAUGAAGUACGGUUUUAUGGAAAGAACAAUCCAGACAAACCUAUGAUUGUGCGGAAGGAGGAGGUAAUUACUUUAAAGUUCAUGAUUGAAUUUUCAUCGAACAGCUUGGAAAACGCCCAUUCAGCAGUUAAACGAUUGACCGGUACUUGUUAAUUGACAGACCUCAAUUGAGCCUGUCUGCAUCGUUUAUUUUGGGUCGUCACCAUUUGCACAUCUGCCAUAGUACAACUUGUUGUGUAUUAAAGGAAGUGUGCAAGUGGCGAAUUGUCGGAAUUUAACGGUGUCAAAAGGUGCUCAGGUAAAUGAGUUAAAAUAGGGAAAAACCAGAAACAUGGAGAUUUGGCAAUUAUACUAUUAUUUGGAAAUACGUACAAAGUCUUACUUUCUUGAGGGAAGCUUUGUAAAGAAGGGCGGCCAACUUUCUUUCAAAUCUUCUGCAAGCUCACUCCAUAGAAGUGCAAGUAAAAUAGCACAUUCUGUGCACUGAUCCGGUAUCUAACAAGUAUAGCAUCACCUUUGUCUGCUACGUUACAUUAGUCACUUUACAUUUGUUCUUUAGAACAGACUUAGGCUAUGUCUACAUUAUACUGAAUACUUUUUCGUGACGACAUCAAAAGCUAUCCUUAGCGGAAUAUGAACGGUAACGGCCCCACAAAACUGGAACAAGUCAUUCACACACAUUCGAACAUAUCGAACCGGAGCAGUUUGCCGAGAAGGUUUAGCACCUUUAAUCCCAAUCCUUACUUAGAAAUAUUUACUUCCGUCUCAAUGUACAUCUGCUACGCUCCGAAUACCUGUUCACAUUGUGACGAAGAAUAGGGGUAAGCUAUCCAAUAUGAGACGAUCCACUUUCAAGAUCGGCGCGCUGGAGCUUUGCUGUGUUACAGAAUCACGCCAAAGUAAGCGUUCUUAUGUGCGUACAGAAGACCUGUCAUCCAGUUUGGUUUUCGUGUCGGCGCAAGAACCGUCCGUUGUAGCGUGAACAUAGCUUUAAGAUAUACAUACUUGCCUUUAUAUUAAGGGGUUUAAAGGUUUUUAAACCUUUAAAAGAGAUUUCCCAGUGGAAGUAAAUUUUUUAGGUUAUUUUUAUCAAUCGAGUAAAUAUUAUCUUUGUAUCUUGUCAGGUAAGCAACAUGUUACCGGAGAUGUUCGCCGAGCAACACAUUCGCGUUUACUUCCGCAAAAAUGAACCGCAAUGCUUAGAGAAAUCUAAAAGGUGAAUGGAGUGAUUGUAAUGAUUUAUGCAUGGACAUUGUAUGCUACAGUCUGUUUAUAGGUUCAUGGGAACUGGUGCCGAGAGCGAACUGGUCAGACUUGUUCAAGAUCGUUCCGGGCUUUUCACUCAAUCUUUACUAAUUUUUUACUAAAUCUUUCAACUAUUUUUCAACUAUGACCCGGACCGGAACUGAGAAACUAAGGAAAGAAAACCAAGCGUUUAAUUCUUUCUUCUUUAUCGUGUUAUCUAAUCCUCAUUCAUAUGACGAUUUUGUUUGUAAAUAGCCUGCGUAGCAGGCGCUUGGAAGUAGUGGGCACAAGAAAAAACGGGCGCGCGAGAAGGAGACACGCGAGGGGAGAGGAAGCGCCUGCACGGAAGGCCCUCGAAAAUCGUUUCCCGCCCCCUCUCUAAUUACUUGGCAGCCGUUGCGUGAUCUGUCAAAAGUUUUGACAGAAAACGACUGACCUCGCACAAACAAAGCAAGCCGCCAAAAAGCGUUGUACAUUUUAUCUUCGGUCUAAAUAUAUCCGUUAUAAAGAUCAGCUGGGUUAUCUGAUUAUAGAGCGAUGGAGCAAUAAACUGAUGGUUAACACACAGCUUUAAAUCGUUUUUUAACAUGGGCACAAUAAAUAGGAAAUAACAAAGUAAAAACUGGGUAUCUUUUAAAGAAUGCGUGCUGUGUAUUAUAAAAACUAAAAAUAUUGUUCUGGUCAGACACCAACGAUCACAGCGUACGUGGAAAAUGACCAUAUUGCUUUUACUGCGCUAACUGGCGGCCGUUUUUGGAGCAGACAUGUCUUACUAAGCGGACCUAAACCUCAGAACACAAACUGUACCGACAUGUUUUCUACUGCAGUAAUGAGACAUAAACAACAGACCUCAGGUCGCCUCCGAACGGCGAAUAAUACUAUAGAGAAAUGUUUUUUUCAACUUCAUGCCCCUGGUAAGUGUUUCAUUUCAUCAAUCAUGUCCAAGUUUUGAUGGUAUACGUUCCAUCGACAGCACAAGCCGCCAAGUUCUCCUGAGCAAAGAAUAUUUCCUCUGAUCUUCAUUGCAACGAUUCGACAAAUCUUUUGUCUCUCGCCACUUCUGUUGAUGCGUAUCCAAUGUCAAUUCUUUCCAUCGUGAAUACCGUUUGAACACUCCAACUUUUCUUUGAGAUCACAGCCACAUAGUCCCAUUAAACCAGAUUGAAGUGACCUCCGAGACCUGAACUUCGAUUGUAUACAAUUUAGUGGUUUCAGGACUCAGUGGUGUAAUGCAAGAUCUUCACUACGUUGUCCAUGUACUAUUUAUUGACAGUUUUCUCGCCCCGCGCGGUUAAUUUUUCCCUCGGGAGCCUCUCGACCAAUUGGAAAUAUCCGCACUCACAGAGUGCGAGUUGAAACGAUUUUCGCGGGCCUUCCGUGCAGGCGCUCCCUCACCCCUUGCGUGUCUCCCUCGCGCGCGCCCGUUCUCUCUUUCGCCCGCUACUUCCAAGCGCCUGCUACGCAGGCUAGUUUGUAAAUUGUAAAUUUUUCUUAGUUAGCCUUAAUCUUAAUUUCAUUUUGCACGCACUGUCCCGCCUCGUCGAACAGCCGCGUUCUUCUUCUUCUUCUUACUUUGACAAGUGGCUAGUAUUGAUAAUUUUUAUUCUUACUUCGCUUUUGCUGACUGACUUUUGACCUUGAUAACUCUUUCAGGUGUUUUAUACGAUGGUGUCAGGGACAGCAGUGUACAACGCCAAAGGUAACAGAUAUGACUGACUUACUCAGACAUUGCAUGCUAGUAUUUUCACGACUGAGUGAAAUUCUGGACUUAUAAAUCCUUGUGUACAUUCUUCUCUCGCUUUUAAAGUCAGCGUGAUGAAAUAUUUUUAUUGUAGAAAACAAAAUAUCCCGAUUUUCGUACCCUCCAUUUUUAUGGAUUUUCUUAACACGGUACUGAGCUACUGCGAACAUUGUUUAUUGCAGGCUGGAGAUGAUCUGGCUGAAUUGACGCCCAUGAAGUCAUCACAAGAGACUGGACAUGGGAAUAUGGAGCGGCGUCUAAGCUUUCAAGAAUGAACUCGGCCAGGAAUUAAGAAUUUUUUUUAUCAAUUUUGCAGUAGCGCAGCUAUUUUAAUGCCAUUUUGUUUUCUUAUCCAGCAUUGUUUUAACUCUCUUAAACAUUUCAACAUUCCUGUCUUAAAAUGCUGCCGUCCCGGCCAUUGUUUUGACUGAUUGCGUUUCGUGAAAAGUCACGGUUAAUAGACUCUAUUUAAAAAUUCUUUAGUUAAGACGAAAAGUAUUGUCACCUGCGAUAGAGAGAUCUUAUAAGUUGAGAAGCGAGGGGAGGGAGAAUAGCAAGCGAAAUAUUUUUGUCUUAAGGAUCGUUAAUUUUCUUUUUAUCAGAAGGCCCUUUCCUUAACAUUUAAAUUUUACACGACAAUGGCGUCAAAUAAAUACGCCUUAUUUAUUUUAUCUUUACGAACAAAAGAUCAUUUGCUUCCAGUAAUUUCCAGUUUCAUUAGGAAUGAGAACGUCAACGAAGAAAACCGGUAUAAAGCAGAAUGAACUCUUAGGACCAGCUAUUUAAGUGGGAUUUGGUCAGUGAUAAACCAGACGGCCUUCUCAGCCGUUUAUACAUUUGCCAACCCUAAUAUUAAGAUAUCAUAUUAUAAACAAUAUUCAGUAGGCAUACACUGUUGGCUGUAAUAGACCUUUCCCGCGUUCCACUGCUAGUGAGCAAACAACAUAAAGAAAUGAGGUCGAGGCUCGGGUGGACAAUUUCAUACGAAUCACUGUGUUUUGUCCAACCCAAGCCUCGAGUUGGCGCCUUUGUUUACAGGAAUGCGGGAAAUAUCUAUACGAUUUGUCCACAUGCAAUAAUCCAUUUGUAAACACAUCACGAUGUGCAGUGCUAGAGCAAUUAAGACUUCAUUGAAAGAGCCCUACUUGCUAUUGUUUCACUUCCUUGUUUAUCUACGCGGUAGCUGCCAAAUGCGAUGACUUUUGUCAUUAGAGACUUUAAGAUGACGACAACGAGGACGAGAUUUUUGCAAUACUAAAUAGUGCGCGCAAGGGAACCAGCGUCAUUUUGGCGGGAAAACGUGAUAGCCGUAGUCAUUCUACCACGAGUUUUAGCGAGAAUGUCGAAGUGGCAGCGAUUAGAAGUUUUAUCAUUUUGCGCUGGGCAGAAGGCUUAACCUCUUUCAUUAAAAAUAACCGCGCCAACUUUGCUGGUGAAACAAAGAACAAUGAAGAUUUCCUUGGGUGAAUAUUUUUGGAGAAUACGCGAUAAAACUUUCGUCCUCGAAUCUAAGGGUCUCUAGUAUCGUUAUUUUUUUGUACAAAAUUAUAUUUUUAGGGCCUUUAUAAUUGGCGUCAGCUAUAUCAGAACAGGUGACAUUUCAAGGACCUUGCAGAGUUUCGGCAGACUUCUUAAAGCCCAAACAGUUAUGUAAGCGAUUCGGUGCAAAUUAGGCCUUUUUAAAUAUUGCCACGGCAUAACUUGUAAUUCAGGUAUGACGCCGGCUUUCUUUAGUUUUACUUCUUAUUUGUGACCCGGGAUUUUUUUAUCGAGUAAGGAAGUAAAUCAUAGCGAUUUAUAUUAUAUAAUUUACUGACUGAUAGGUUUGAUAAUUCUCUGAUUGUAAAAUUUAAUGUCCUUGUAUGUCCCUGAGUCAAUAAUUUUGUAAUAAAACGCUAGACAUAGAGGAACCUGUCUUGGAAAUUUUCGUGGUAUUAUUUCAGGUAAAAUUUUUUCGUCUAUCGUCACGACUUGUUGGUGGCCUGUGGCAUAGGCCAAUCUAAAAAUGCAGACAAAAUGACCAACACGUGUCCCGUCCCCCUCCCCUGCGUUGG